AUGUCUCGCCACGGCUGUAAUGCACUGCCGGCAGGCCUUACUAGCUUACUUCUGCGUCAUCCUUCAUCCGCCCUGUCAGGCUUCGAUCGGGGGCGUCAAUGCAUAAUUACCCCAUUCUUCGUCGUCGAAGAGAGAAACACCUCGCGAACCUCGGCCCGCUCGACCGUCGUAGUCCAGUCGGUCAGGCACCAGGCGCAGGAUCCGGGCCUGUCGCGACAAGCCCGGAACAGCACUGAGCUCCCGGUCUCAGCCUCCCGGCCUGGCUCCAUCGGCUCUGGAUUUGACAACUCCGGUAUGCUCGCGAGCGACUCGCGGUGCCUCCACGUCCUGUCCACCUGGUCUGUGCGAACAUGGAGGCAGAUGCAGUAUCUGCCCUCGUCGAUUGCGUCUCGGAGAGUGGCGGCGCCGCCCUCCAGCGUGUGCGUCACCCGCAGGAAGAGCUCGUCACCCGUGAUCCGCGCAGAAGGGGUUUGGUACCACAUGGGCCCGCCUGGCCAGCUGCGUGCCCACGACGGCUUGAAGUGGCGGUUCAUCACGAGACGCCCAAGGAGAAAAGAUCUUGGAGAUGGAGCAGUAGACAAACCGGUCGCCAAGAUCCUUUUCGAGUAG